AAGGGCGUCACGCACUGAGCCCUUCUUCACGUGCACUCCUCCGUGGAUCAUUCGUGGCGGCGGCGACGGCGGUAAACUCGUAGGUAGGUGUCGGCGGUUAUGGGUUGGGCAAUAGCACUGCACGGCGGCGCCGGUGACAUCCCACGGUCCAUGCCUUCGAAUCGCCUUGAGCCGCGUAAAGCCGCUCUGCACUACUGCCUCCAGAUCGGCGUCGAAGCUCUCAAGGCUGGUCGAUCGCCGUUGGACGUCGUUGAGCUUGUCGUCUGUGCACUUGAAGACAAUCCUAAUUUCAAUGCCGGAAAAGGAUCUGUGUUGACAGGGAAAGGAACAGUCGAAAUGGAAGCUUGUAUCAUGGAUGGAAACACGAAGAGCUGCGGAGCUGUCUCCGGCGUUAGUACAGUUAAAAACGCCAUAUCUCUGGCAAGGCUUGUUAUGGAAAAGACUCCUCAUAUCUAUCUUGGAUUCGAAGGAGCCGAGGAAUUUGCAAGGGAGCAAGGCAUUGAGGUUGUCGAUUCGAGCCAUUUCAUAACUCUGGAAAACAUCGAGAGAUUGAAACAAGCAAAGGAAGCUAACAGGGUUCAGAUUGAUUUUACGCAACCAAUCCAUCAAGAACUCAAAGACGGGCCAAAAGGGGAUCAAAUCGGGACCGUUGGAUGUGUCGCCGUAGAUGGCGAGGGAAAUCUAGCUGCUGCUACAUCUACCGGUGGAUUAGUAAACAAAAUGGUGGGGAGAAUCGGCGAUACACCUAUUAUUGGGGCAGGGACCUACGCGAACAAAUUGUGCGCGGUUUCUGCGACGGGGAAAGGCGAGGCUAUAAUUCGCGGGACUGUGGGGAGAGAAGUGGCUGCUCUUAUGGAGUACAAAGGGCUCUCUCUGAAUGAAGCGACGAGCUACGUCGUGAAGGAGUGCACGCCCAAAUUCACGACAGGGGUGAUCGCUGUGUCUGCGUCUGGAGAAGUUGCGAUGUCUUAUAACACGGUGGGCAUGUUCAGGGCUUGCGCCACGGAAGAUGGGUAUACUGAAGUUGGGAUAUGGGCGGGCGACGAGUAGGUACGGUAUCUCUAUCGAUGUAUUUUAUUCGGGUAAUUCUUGGAUGUGUUUGUGGCUUUUAGACUUGAAGAUUGUGUCUUUGUAGUAGGGAUUAUGUUUGGUUUCAAGUGUUGUUCUGUUUGAUGGUUUUGAAUUUGAUGAACUUAAAAUAAAUGGAUUUGAAAGGGAA